AUGGCCGCAAUCGCUCCGGACCUCUUCCUCUACUCCCUCACCCUCCUUCCGCCUACGCAGAUCACCAAUACCAUCAUUGGACAAUUCUCCGGCCAGAAAACUCAAGAGAUCAUCAUCUCGCGCGGAUCGCGUCUCGAACUUCUCCGGCCGGAUCCAACACAAGGCAAGGUGCACACAGUUCUCUCGCAUGAUGUUUUCGGUAUUAUUCGAAGUUUAAGGGCAUUCAGAUUAGCGGGUGGAACAAAGGAUUACAUCAUUGUGGGUAGCGAUUCCGGACGGAUCGUCAUUUUGGAGUACAAUCCGCAGAACAACAAAUUCGUGAAGCUACACCAGGAAACAUUCGGCAAGACUGGAGUGCGACGAGUGGUUCCAGGUCAAUAUUUGGCGACUGAUCCGAAGGGACGUGCCUGUAUGGUUGCUUCGGUGGAAAAGAACAAGCUGGUCUACGUUCUGAAUCGCGAUGCACAGGCGAACCUUACUAUUUCGUCACCCUUGGAGGCACACAAAGCGAACACGCUGAUGUUUGCGUCAAUUGGGCUUGAUGUGGGAUACGAGAACCCUAUUUUUGCGUGUCUGGAGGUGGACUACGGCGAGGUGGAUCAGGAUCCGACGGGUCGGGCGAUCGAGGAUGUGCAAAAGACUUUGGUAUACUACGAGUUGGAUCUUGGUCUGAACCACGUGGUGAGACGAUGGAACGAGGUGGUGGAACGAUCAGCAAAUCUGUUACUUGCUGUCCCAGGAGGAACGGACGGUCCAUCUGGUGUUCUGGUAUGCUCAGAGGACUCCAUCGUCUACCGUCAUCAUGGUAAGCGAGCACACCGAAUCCCCAUUCCACGACGUCAGGGCGCUUUGGAGGACAAGAACAGGAAGAGACUCAUCGUGGCUGGUGUGAUGCAUAAAAUGCGAGGGGCUUUCUUCUACUUGUUGCAGACGGAGGAUGGAGAUCUCUUCAAGGUCACCUUGGAUCACGAUGGCGAGGACGUACAGGCUGUACGGAUCAAAUACUUUGACACCGUUCCUGUGGCAAGUGGUUUGGUUAUCUUGAAGAGUGGAUUCUUGUUUGUUGCUGCAGAGGCUAGCAACCACUACCUCUACCAGUUCGAGAAGCUUGGCGAUGAUGAUAACGAGAUCGAGUUUACGAGCGCAGAUUCGGAGGUGAACGCCUUCAACUAUGACCCAGUGUAUUUCCAGCCUCGAGGAUUGGAUAAUUUGCUGCUGGUGGAUGAGAUGGAGAGCAUGAGCCCUAUUCUAGACGCAAAGGUGCUCAACCUUGGGGAUGAAGAUGCACCACAAAUUUACACUAUCUGUGGACGCGGUGCGAGGUCGACUUUCCGGGCGCUGAGACAUGGAUUGGAUGUAAGCGAGAUCGUCGCGUCGGAUCUGCCUGCCGCACCAACGGCCGUGUGGACCACCAAGCUCCGAUCUGGUGAUGUCUAUGAUGCGUACAUCGUUCUGUCCUUCACGAACGGCACCUUGGUCCUUUCCAUCGGUGAAACCGUCGAAGAAGUUACCGAGAGUGGUUUCUUGUCGAACGUUCCUACGAUUGCAGUGCAGCAGCUUGGCGACGAUGCGCUGGUCCAGAUUCACCCUCGCGGCAUCCGACAUAUCCGUGCGGAUGGAGGUGUGAGUGAGUGGCCCGCCCCUCAGCACCGUACGAUCGUGCAGGCCACAACGAACACUAGGCAGAUCGUCGUCGCGCUUUCUAGUGGUGAGUUGGUUUACUUCGAGUUAGACACGGAAGGUGCUUUGAACGAGUACCAGGAGAGAAAGGAGAUGUCUGGUACUGUAACAGCGCUCGCUGUUGGUGAAGUCCCAGAAGGGCGCCAACGGUACUCGUUCUUGGCAGUCGCCUGUGACGAUUCCACUGUCCGAAUCAUUUCCCUCGAUCCUGACAAUACGUUGGAGAGCUUGAGUGUCCAGGCAUUGAGUGCGCCAGCGAGCGCUUUGUGCAUCAUCUCGCAAGAAGACUCAUAUUCUGCAUGGACUAACUUCCUGCACAUCGGUCUGUAUAACGGUGUCUACUUGAGAACGGUUCUGGAUCCAGUGACUGGUCAGUUAACCGACACUCGUACCCGGUUCCUGGGAUCAAAGCCAGUAAAGCUGUUCAACGUUGGGAUUCAAGGACAGAGAGCAGUUUUGGCGCUUUCGUCAAGAUCUUGGUUGGGCUAUACCUAUCAGUCUUCUCUGCACUUGACGCCGUUGUCAUACGAGCCACUCGAGUUCGGAUGGAGCUUCUCAAGUGAGCAAUGUCCUGAAGGUAUCGUUGGUGUUCAAGGAAGUAACUUGAGGAUAUUCACCAUUGAACGACUCAACGAAAACUUGAAGCAGACCUCUAUCCCGUUGACGUACACGCCUAGACGAUUCGUUCGUCAUCCUACUCAGCCAUUGUUCUAUACCGUGGAAUCUGACCACGGUGCUCUUUCGCUGCAGCAGUGCCAGAAACUUCUUUCAGGCAAGCAGAAUGGGGAAGCCUAUGCGCUCCCCCCGGCACAGCUUGGGUUGCCAAAGGCAGGUUUGGGUAAAUGGGCAUCGUGUAUCAGUGUUCUGGAUCCGGCGGCGGGCCAAGUCCUGAGCAAGAUCGAGUUGGAGGAUAACGAGGCUGCUUUCAGUGUUUGCACGGCUGUAUUCAAAAACCAAAGCGAGGAGCCGUACUUGAUUGUUGGUGCAGGCAAAGACUUGCAGUUGGCACCAAGGUCCCUGACAUGUGGCUACAUCCACGUAUAUCGUUUUAAGAACGAUGGACGAGAACUUGAGUUGGUGCACAAAACCAAGACCGAUGAAGUUCCGAUGGCCUUGAUUUCCUUCCAGGGACGCCUACUUGCAGGUGUCGGGAAAACACUUCGGAUUUACGACAUCGGUAAACUACAGCUCUUACGUAAGUGCGAGUUAUUGGAAGCAGCGGCCAGCUUCAUUGUACGACUUCAGUCACAAGGCAGCAGGAUCGUUAUCAGUGACAUCCAGGACUCUGUAUCGUACGCUGUGUACAAGUACCAGGACAACCGAUUGAUUGUCUUUGCCGACGACACUACGCCAAGAUGGGUCACAGCUGCCACCAUGGUAGACUACGACACCGUUGCCGGCGGUGACAAAUUUGGCAAUUUCUGGGUUGAACGUGUUCCCAAGGAUGUAUCUGAGGAGGCCGAUAAGGAUUCUUCUGGCGCGACACUCCUGCAUCAGAAGCCGAAGUUGCAAGGAGCACCGCACAAGCUGCAUAAUCUUGCACAUGUCUUCGUCAACGAUAUUCCGACGUCGGUCAACAAGGCGGCGCUAGUUGCUGGAGGACGUGAUGUCCUCCUGACAACGGGUAUGAUGGGCUCUGUGGGAGUUUUUGCGCCAUUCCAAGACAAGGCGGAUAUCGACUUCUUCCAGCAAUUAGAAGGUCUUAUGAGGACUGAGGAUCCACCGUUGGCUGGUCGAGAUCACUUGAUGUACCGGGGUUACUACGUCCCAGUCAAGAGCGUUGUUGAUGGUGAUCUUUGUGAAAGGUUUGCUUUGUUGCCAAAUGACAAGAAGCAGAUGAUUGCUGGGGAGUUGGACAGGACGGUUGCUGAAGUACAGAAGAAGAUUGAGGAUAUGCGCAUCCGAUAUGCGUUCUAA